AUGGCGAUCUGCGCGCAGUCGUACGGUGUUUUCUGCCUCCUCACAAUCCAAACUGUACUUAUCAUAUGCGUCUCCACGCCGACAGACGGGACCCACCUCUUCCCCCAGCACUACACAAUGAUUCACUGGGCUGGGCGCAUUGAAAAGGAGCUGGAAAAGGUCCUGCAGCACGUCACCGGAACUCAGCAGAUGAGAUCGAUUUAUAAUGAGAAGAAGAGCCAGUUUGAAAUCAAGAGAAACAACCCCAAGGACUUGGUGGAGAGAGUGGCACGGGACAUCUCCAAGCUGCUGAACAGUAAGAGGAAAGCCCUGGAGAAACUGGCGAGGGAGGCGGAGCUGCUUCAGAAGGAGCAUGUAUGGCAAGAUGGUGUGACGGAGAAUGCCAUUUCAUACUACGAUUCCAAAGCGGAUUCAGACUAUGCGGAGGAUGGAGAAGAGGAGAACCCCCUAGAGAGCUCGACAUCUUUGGAGCUGGAGUUUGUGGACGAUCCUAAUUUUAAAAACAAGGUCAACUACUCUUCCAGUGCGGUCCAGAUUCCUACAGACAUAUACAAAGGCUCCCCAGUCAUCCUAAAUGAGUUAAACUGGACCCAGGCGCUGGAGAGGGUCUUCAUUGAUAACCGUCGGGAGGACAGCUCUCUGCGCUGGCAGGUGUUUGGCAGUGCCACAGGAGUGACCCGAUACUACCCAGCCACUCCGUGGAGGGCACCCAACAAGAUUGACCUGUACGACGUCCGCAGAAGACCAUGGUAUAUCCAAGGUGCAUCGUCUCCAAAGGACAUGGUCAUCAUCGUGGACGUGAGUGGAAGUGUCAGCGGACUCACGCUGAAGCUGAUGAAAACCUCCGUAGUGGAGAUGCUGGACACUCUGUCAGAUGACGACUAUGUGAACGUGGCCAGGUUCAAUGAGAAGGCUGAUGCUGUCGUUCCGUGCUUCAGGACUUUGGUCCAAGCCAAUGUUCGUAACAAGAAGAUCUUCAAAGAGGCCGUCAUGCAUAUGCAAGCCAAAGGAACCACAGAUUACAAGUCUGGCUUCACAUUUGCCUUCGAACAGCUUCUCAAUGAGAGCAGUGCCCCGAGGGCCAACUGCAAUAAGAUGAUAAUGAUGUUUACAGAUGGCGGGGAGGAUCGUGCACAGGAAAUCUUUGAGAAGUACAACUGGCCCAACAAAACGGUUCGUGUGUUCACCUUCUCUGUUGGCCAGCAUAAUUAUGAUGUCACCCCUUUGCAGUGGAUAGCUUGUGCCAAUAAAGGUUACUACUUUGAAAUUCCAUCGAUUGGAGCCAUCAGAAUCAACACCCAGGAGUACCUGGAUGUCCUGGGUCGUCCCAUGGUGUUGGCUGGGCCGAAAGCCAAGCAGGUGCAGUGGACGAACGUCUACCAGGAUGCUCUGGGUUUGGGCCUUGUCAUCACUGGGACGAUGCCAGUUUUCAACCUCACCGCUGAUACUGUAAGCUCUCAGAACCAGCUCAUCCUCGGAGUCAUGGGAGUAGAUAUUGCAAUCAACGAAAUCAAAAAGAAGACACCGACAUACAGACUUGGAGCCAAUGGCUACACCUUUGCCAUCGACCCAAAUGGUUAUGUACUGCUGCAUCCCAACCUGCGACCCAAAAUCAUUAACUUCAGGGAGCCCGUCACUCUGGACUUUCUGGAUGCAGAGCUGGAGGACAGCAACAAGGAGGAGAUCCGUCGACAGAUGAUUGAUGGCAAAUCAGGGCAAAGGAAAAUCAAGACGCUCAUUAAGUCAGUUGAUGAGAGGUACAUCGACGAGGCCAUGCGGACGUACACAUGGACGCCCGUGGAGGGAACAGAUUACAGUCUAGGGUUGGUACUGCCCACAUAUAGUGAGAACCACAUCAAGGCCAACCUGAGUGACCAGAUCCUUCAGGUGCAGUAUUUUGAAUCACUGCUGCCAAACAGUUUUGAGUCUGAAGGACAUGUAUUCAUUGCUCCCAGGGAGUACUGCAAUGAUCUGGAGCUGUCCAACAACAACACUGAGUUCCUGCUCAACUUCAUUGCUCUGAUGGAGAAGGUGACACCGGACUCCAAACAAUGUGACAGUUUGCUCCUUCAUAACCUGAUUCUGGACACCGGCAUCAUCAGGCAGCUGGUCGAGAAAGUGUGGAAGAACAAAGACUUGAACACGUACGGCUUUCUGGCCGUGUUCGCUGCAACAGACGGAGGUGUGACAAGAGUGUUUCCGAACAAGGCUUCAGAAAGCUGGGAGGAAGACCCUGAGCCGUUUAAUGCCAGCUAUUACCGCCGCAGUCUCGACAACAAGGGCUACAUCUUCCGAGCACCUUAUCGAACAGUCAGGGACGAGCUGCUGAACCCAGAGAAUGACACCAUAGGGAUCCUGGUCAGCACGGCGGUGGAGAUCACGGUGGGAGGGAAGACCAUCAAACCUGCAGUGGUUGGAGUGAAACUAGACCUUGAAGCCUGGACAGAUAAGUUCAAGAUUCUUGCCAGCAACCACACAGACAACCGUCAAGGCUCAAAUACGUGUGGACCAAACAGGGGCUGUGAAAUGGACUGCGAAGCGAACAGUGAUGAUCUCCUGUGUUAUUUAAUAGAUGAUGGUGCAUUCCUAAUCAUGUCUAAUCAGAAGGAGGACUGGAACAAGGUGGGGAUGUUCUUCAGUGACGUCGAUCCCUACUUGAUGCACGCUCUCUACAACAACUCCUUCUACAACCGCAAGCAGUCAUUUGACUAUCAGUCUGUGUGUGAACGGGUGCCCAACAGUGAAGCUGGAGCUGCACCCAGAGGAGUGUUCGUGCCCACAAUCGCAGAUUUUGUCAAUCUGGCUUGGUGGACAUCAGCAGCUGCGUGGUCCUUGUUCCAACAGUUUAUCUAUGGACUGGCUUACCACAGUUGGUUUGUCACAGAUGAGGUGGAUGCAGAAGGAUUCGACUCCAAAGAGCGGAGUUGUGUCAUGAUCCAGACCCAGUACUACUUAAGUAACCUCAGCAGCUCCUACAACAUACUGCAGGACUGUGGCAACUGCUCCAGGCUGAUUCAUGCCAAGAGGAUAAACAACACCAACUUGCUGUUUGUGGUGGCGGAGAAGAUGCCGUGCAACACCUGCGAGAUCGAGAAGCUGUCUCAGGAGGAGGAGGAGUUCAAGGAGGAUAAUCCAUGUGAAGAAAUGGCUGUGGCGCGCUAUCGAAAAGGACCCUCCACCUGCUUUGACAAUAACAUCUCUGAGAACACGUCAGACUGUGGACGGGGCCACUCCUUCCGUCCGUCCCUCUACACCUUACUGCUCAUCCAGCUGCUGCUGCUUUAUCCGGCCGUCAGCCCCCACUUCCACUCAAUACUACAUUAAUUCCAUUGUCCUCAACUUACCCUCCUUUUAGCCCGCCCGAGCUUCUUUCCCAAUCUAAAACCCCCCGACCCCACCUCUCUACCCCCACCCCCACCCCCACCCCCCACCCUAAUAUAGUCAUAGGUAAUAAUGGGACUUCCCAUCAUGGCAAGUUGGAAGCCCUGAGUGCCGCGCUACCCAGCUCGCUUCAGUUCGUGUCGCUUAGUGACAACUGCCGGACGUUUGUGUCCUCGGCCAGUUAGCCUUCAUCUGCAGGAGGAGUGGGCGGUGCCGGACCACCUGGAUCAUCAGAGGCAACGUCAGAAAAGAGAAAACAAACACCCCCGCCCCAUGAACCCCCCGCCACCUCCACCAUCCACAGAAAGGAGGGAAAAGAGGACAGGUGGAAGUCCUCGUCACAGACCUCCCACCUCAUACAGACCGGAGCGCUGAGGUUGUCUGUCCGCCUUCGCCUCUGUCUGUCAGGCAGACGAUGGGACUUCUCCUCCUUCUUGUCUCCUCCAUCUCAGAGUCUCACCACUCUGUCAUUGACCUCUGGUCAGAGGCCGUGGACCAUUCAGCCAGUUAUAGCCACCACAAAAGAAAAUAACAGAAAAAAAAGAACUGUCAAGUAUACAAAAUGUCAAGUAUAAACUGCUGAAGUGAUGAGUAUUCCAAACAUUACAGUAUAAUUAGUUUUUAAUUUGAAAAGGAAGUCGUUAGGUGUUAACUUUAAAAGACAUGGAUUCAUUUAUGCACUAUAUCUACUUGCCAAAAUGAGAUAGACUUUCAUGUGGUCUUAUUUUUAUAGCCAAAACACGAAGAGGAAAUGGCUUCUGAUUUAGAUUUAGGAUAAACCAUGAGAGGAAGAGGAAGCACUCAGAAACUGAAUGCUGAUUCAUUCUGUGCAGCGUCUAAUUACAGAUUAAUGCUUUUAAAAGACGUCCACUGGGGAUUAUUGUAAUUACAUGAUGGUAAUCGCAUUUCUUCAAGUACUCUUCUCUUGUAUUUACCGUUUAAGGCUAGUUCUAUCCGACGUACACACCAGUGACAGCUGUAAAACAUGAAUCAGUGUUCGGUUGCUGCAGAUCGAGAGCGUUGUUGAUGUCGUGUCAUGUUCUCCUUUAGGAUCAAUCGACCAUUCUGACCUCCAGUUCGGACUGAGUGUUUAAAAAAAAAAAAAAGAAACCCCUGUGCUCUCUGAUGCGAAAGCUCACCUCUGCCAACCCUCAUGAGGCUUCUCCAGUAACCUCUUCUAACCACGAUUUGUACAUGUGCUUUACUUCUGUUCACCCAACAGACACAUCAAGAUCUCUGCCUCAUGACU